GAGAGAAGACCGUUUCUUCAUUUCACUAACAGCACAGCCAGGAGCAAGGAGCCUCGGAUUGUGGCACAGAAACAGACAGGAAGCUAAAACACCAUACGACAAGAACAGCAGGACAUCAGAAAAGCAAUUUGGCUGAAGAAGAAAAAAAAAAAAAGACAAGACUUUGGCAUUUUCUUCUUAAUAAUAACCAAAGCAGGAAAGAAGGUUGGGGGAAAAGCAGAAUAAUUAUUUGAAACGUUGGACUUGACAACGAUGGCGUUCUAUCCUGCUGACUGGACCAUAAAGAGGAGGGGAAAUAAAACCCAUUGAGAAAUCAAGAUGCAAAGGGCCUUGUGAAUGUGUGGUUGAGCACGAGUACAAGAUCAGACGUGCAGGAUCAUGUUCUCAAAACCGCUGUAAGAACUUUCAAAAAAUAAAAUAAAAAAUAAACCUGCUGAGGAACGCUACAUCGCCAAAUCUACAAUCAGGACUAACUGUGGAUAUGUACAAUUUUACGGAGAUAUUUUACAAGGUUAAAAAGGUAACCUCUAUACAUAUUUCUUAAAAAAGAUCUCUGAACUGACAAUGCAAAACACCACCACUGUCAGGAACAUCUGCCUUGUACAGGAUGAGUUUAAAUACACUCUAUACACUUCGGUGUUCAGCAUCAUCUUCAUCCUCGGGCUGCUCCUCAACAUGGUGGCUUUGUACAUCUUCAUUUGUACGCUGAAACCAAGGAAUGAAACCACCAUCUACAUGCUGAACCUAGGCGUAUGCGACAUGCUUUUUGUCCUCAGUCUGCCAUUUCGGAUUUCUUACUUUCUCAACAAGAAGUGGACUUUCGGGCCGGAAUUCUGCAAAAUCACCGUGGCGCUGUUCAACAUGAACUUGUACGGCAGCAUCCUUUUCCUGACCUGCAUCAGUGCGGAUCGCUUUCUGGCCAUCGUUUACCCGUUCGCCUCGAGGUCACUGAGGACUAGAAGAAAUGCAAAAAUCGCCUGCUCUUCAGUCUGGCUGCUUGUGCUCUCGGUCAGCUUGGCAGCUGGAUUACAGCUGAAAACGACAAACGAGCAUGAUCGCACUCGCUACUGCUUUGAAAAUUACAACAGCAGUCAGUGGAAAUCCGAGCUAUACAAAGUGGUGUUGGUCAUGGAGACAUUGGGCUUCAUGAUCCCACUGCUCAUCAACCUUUUCUGCUCCAUGAUGAUCUUGAGGACGCUGAGAAACCUGGAUACUAUUCAAAGCGAAAGGCAGCUGAAUAAGGCCAAGAUCUUCCGCAUGAUUGUUGUGCACUUGCUCGUCUUCUGCUUUUGCUUCAUCCCAUAUAACGUUAAUCUAAUUUUUUAUACCCUGGUCCGCAGUGAAGCUAUUGAUAACUGCACCGUGAAGAAUAUUGUCAAGAUUUUUUACCCCAUUGCAUUAUGCAUUGCAGUGACAAACUGCUGCUUCAACCCUGUUAUUUAUUACUUCACUUCAGAAACCUUCCAGAACUGCUUUAAGCGCAAAUCUGAUGCUUCAAAAAGCGCCAGGAGACACUGUAAUGGUUCGGACAACAAGCCUCCUGAGAACAGGGCAGAGCAUGUGAUGGCCAAAUUAAUAUUGAUCGAAUCUACAGUAUGAGGAAACGGAGAUUUUUAUGCCAAACCAAAAAAAAAAAAAGUACAGAACAAUAUUUUCCAGUGUAUACUUCAAAAUGGAAUGUACAUUUAUAAGAAAAAGUUAAUUUAUGCAUGUAUGGAUUGUAAAAUUUGGAUUUUCCCUGUAUUGUCGUCAUGGGUAUCUUCACAAACAAACUCGUCGUUUCAUUUCAUUUCUUUAUUUAUUUUUAAACAAAUGUAAAAUUUACAUGAUGAGUUUUAAAACACCAUGAUUUAAAAACACCAUUAAAAUGUGUUUAAAAUACCAGUAGCUUACAUUGUUUUGCCUCCCCAAGAAAUUGUGUAAGGCUUAAGGCUGCCCAGAUUUGACGUUAUAGCACAUUUAAACAAACCUGAUGUAUUACUGUGCACACGUUUAAUAAAUGUUAUACUCACGCCAUCCAUCUCUGCAUCCCAAACUGAAUAACUGAUCAAUUAUUAAUCUUGCCUGCAUAUCCUACAGGAAUGGAUUUUAUUUUAUGAUUUUAUAUAUAAAAAUGUACUGCCAUAUGCAGUGCCCUCCACAAUUAUUGGCACCCCUUGUAACGAUGAGUUUAAAAAAAAAAAAGUGUUAGAAAAAUCCACAAUUUAGUCAAGUCACUUCAUCGCACACUGGGGGAAAAAAAGAGGAAAAAAAAACAACCUUGAACUGAAAAAAUGUAUUUGGAGAAAAACAAAUCCCUCAUCAAGAAAAAAAUAUAUAUAUAUUUUCCAACAAAAACACAUAUACCACUAUUACUGGCACCUGUGGAGAUGAUGAUGAACACAAUGUAACUGAAGCAUGUUUCCCAUUUAAAUUAUACAGUUUUGAGUUGAUUAGAGUGUGUAGGAACUUUCAAGCUGUAAUCCAUGACCUCCUGAUUAACUGGGUUAGUUUAAUUACUUAAUAAUAAUAAUAAUAAUAAUAAUAAUAAUAAAUUUCUAUUUAUAUAGCACCUUUCUCAAAACCCAAGGUCACUUUACAAUUAUUGGGGGGGGGAAUCCACCAAACAGAGGUCAGGAUGUCAUUCCAAUGGUGUAGCAGCCAUAGCCCCACCAAAAGGUGCACGAAAACAAGUCCCACUCCGCCUGCACAGCUGCCGCAACACCACUGAGAAACAAACAUCGCUCGGAACAUCACGCCAAGCACUAAAGCACUGCUGGACAGAGCGCAGCACACUUAAGUGUGUACAAUAACAUGCUUGCUUUUUAUUCAUGAAGUUUCCACAAAAAGAACCCAUUAGGUGAUAUUUACAGGCUGCUUGUUUUUCAGUUAUGUGAAAUUUUGCAACCAGCUAACAACUAAGAAUUUAAUAAUAAAUAUAAUAGCCUUGAGAAUAGUGGGUUGUGAUUUGCACCUCUGUAUCUAAAGUUUAAAGUGCAUAUGACGGGUAAAUUCAGGAGCAAGAUCAAUGUAAUUCUCCUAUUUUAUAUUAAACUUUGGUCAAAUAUCUGUCA